GCCUGCCAGCACCGGUCCAGCUCCCAUCCCAGCAUGGCAUCCCUGCAGCCCACCUGGACUUUGUCUUUGAUCCUGGUCCUGCUGUCUGUCCUGACCCCUGGAGCUGCAGACUUCAACAUCUCAGGCCUCUCGGGUCUGCUGUCUCCGGCGCUAACAGAGAGUCUACUCGUUGCUUUGCCUCCCUGUCACCUCACAGGAGGAAACGCCACACUCACAGUACGGAGAGCUAACGACAGCACAGUGGUGAAGUCCAGCUUUGUGGUGCCUCCAUGCCGUGGGCGCAGGGAGCUGGUAAGCGUGGUGGACAGUGGGGAUGGCUUCACAGUCACUCGGCUCAGCGCAUACCAGGUGACAAAUCUCUCGCCAGGAAGCCAAUACUACAUCUCCUACCUGGUAAGGAAGGGGACAUCUACUGAAUCCAGCAGAGAGGUCCUGAUGUCCACACUUCCUCGUAAAAACCUAGAGUCCAUCGGGUUGGGCAUGGCCCGCACAGGGGGCAUGGUGGUCAUCACUGUGUUGCUCUCUGUCGCCAUGUUCUUGCUGGUUGUGGGCCUGAUCACUGCUCUGGCACUGGGUGCUCGCAAGUGA